AUGGCGGCAGCCAUAACACUGUUGGGCACUGCCGCCUCACUCCAAAUCCCGCUUACUUUGGAAGACCAGGUGCACCUGGGUGCUGUGGGCACGCCUGCGCGACGGCCCUUGGUCAACACGGAAGCUCUGCAAGACAGCAUCUCCGCCGACAACCUGCUCGCGCGAGCAAUGGACCUUUACGAGAUCGCGAAGCUGGGAGAGGAUGAGUACAAUCAUCCCACACGGGUGAUUGGGAGCGACGGCCAUUUGGGAACGCUGUCCUACAUCUAUGCAACCCUCGCAGAGCUUGGUGAUUACUACAGUCUUUCCAACCAGACAUUCCCAGCGGUAAUGGGCAAGGUCACAGAGUAUCGUCUCGUUGUUGGCGAUGAAGUUCCCAGGUCCGCUCGGGCCAUGAGCCUAACGCCUCCGACAUCGCACAAGGAGCCUGUUCGCGGCGACUUGGUCCUGGUAUCCAACCUUGGGUGUGAACCUAAGGAUUAUUCUGACCUCAAAGGCAAAGUGGCCUUCAUCUCUCGCGGCGUCUGUCCCUUUGGUACAAAGUCAGAACUCGCUGGCAAGGCUGGUGCAAUCGCCGCCGUCAUUUACAACAACGAGAAGGGCAGUCUCAGUGGUACUCUCGGCUCCCCAUCCAAGUAUCAUGUUGCAACUUUCGGUCUGUCGGCAGAGGAAGCCGCGCCCUUUAUAGAGAAAUUGCAGAAAGGCCAAGACAUUGAUGUCAUUGCAUACAUGGACGCUGAUGUCAAAUCCAUCAAGACCGACAACAUUAUCGCUCAGACUAUUGAGGGAGACCCAGAUAACUGCGUCAUGCUCGGUGGCCACAGCGACAGUGUAGAGGAAGGUCCGGGUAUCAAUGACGACGGCACCGGCAGUUUGAGUCUCCUUGAGGUUGCCAAACAGUUGACCGAGUACUCUGUUAACAACUGCGUUCGAUUUGCUUGGUGGGCUGCUGAGGAGGAAGGACUUCUCGGAUCUGACCACUAUGCAGCACAUCUAUCACCCGAGGAGAAUCUCAAAGUUCGCCUUUUCAUGGACUACGACAUGAUGGCCUCUCCGAACUUCGCGUAUCAGAUCUACAAUGCCACCAACGACCUUUUCCCUGCCGGAUCAGAGGAACUACGGGAUCUGUAUGUGGACUGGUACGACUCCCACGGCCUCAACUACACCUUCAUUCCUUUCGAUGGACGUAGCGACUACGAUGGGUUCAUCCGAGCUGGUAUCCCCGCCGGCGGCAUUGCCACUGGUGCAGAGGGCGUGAAGACAGAGGAGCAGCAGGCUAUGUUUGGUGGCAACGCAGGCGACUGGUUUGACCCCUGCUACCACCAGCUUUGCGAUGAUGUGUCCAAUGUGAAUCUUACGGCCUGGGAACUAAACACCAAGCUGAUUGCCCACUCAGUCGCAACUUACGCCACUUCGUUCAAGGGCUUCCCCGAGCGCGCGUCUACUACAACCGCUAAAGUCUAUGACCAGACUACAAGGUAUCAUGGUCCGAACCUGAUUGUUUAA